AUGGGUUACGCUUUGAUCGCUGUCGCCGUCUUUCUGUGGUUGUUUCGUUAUUUCAGAUUGAUUGUUAAUUGCAUCUCCCACUGGACCUUCAAGCCAAUUCCUAUUCCAGCCAAACCGCAGUACACGUCGCAGCAUGUCACCAUCAUAUUACCGACAAUCGCUACGGGAGGCGAGGAACUCGAGACAACUCUGUCGACCUGUCUAAAAUCAGAGCCCUACGAGCUGCUGCUCGUCACGGUCGACGGCAAUGCCAAAAAUUUGACCGAUCUCGCCAACAGAAUCAAUGCCAAUAAGAUACGUGUCUUGAGCAUAAGGGAGGCCAACAAACGUCGCCAAAUGUGCCGCGCCAUCCCCGAAGUAACGACCAAGUUUACCAUCUUCGUGGACGACGACGUUGCGUGGCCGCCGAAAGUGUUGGAAUGGAUGUUGGCACCAUUCGAAGCAGACGAGAAAAUGGGCGGAGUCGGCACUUCGCAACGCCUGAGGAGGCGGGCCAAGGCCAACGGGAUCAUGGAGGCCAUGGUCGAUUUCCUGGGCGCUGCUUACCUGGAACGGCGAAACUUCGAUUGUUCAGCCUGCCUGCACAUCGAUGGUGGACUUCCAUGCUUGUCCGGUCGAACUGUGGCAUAUCGAAGCGACAUCCUGCAAGACCCGGCUUUUACACAUGGCUUCACGCACGAGGUCUGGAACACUAUGCAGCUGAACGCUGAUGACGACAACUUUAUCACGAGGUGGAUGUACGCGCAUGGGUACAAGAUUGCUAUGCAAUACCACAAGGCAGCGGAGGUUCAGACCACACUGGAGUCUCAGCCGAAGAAAUACCUGAGCCAAUGCUUGCGAUGGGUUCGCAGUAAUUGGCGAAGCAACUUGACGAGUUUGUUUGUUGAACGACACUAUUGGCAUUCACAACCGUGGAGCACAUAUGCUGUGCUUCAGACCACGUUGACCGCAUGGAAUUUCGUGUGGGAUCCGCUGAAUAUAUAUCUGUGGUGGACAAUAUCCGCAGGUUGGUCAGAAAACGACCGUUUCGCGCUGAGAGUCUUCUUGAUCACUUGGAUUUACGGCUUCAGCAAAACUGUGAAGCUUUGGGGCCAUUUCAUCCGAUACCCUGCAGAUGUGGUAUUCAUACCAGUCUACAUUGCAUUUGGCUAUUUCCAUACUCUUAUCAAGAUCUACGGAUUGCUCACACUGAGUGAGACCACAUGGGGAAGCAGGGACGGAGCCGAUACCGACAACCGCGUCCGUAUGAUUCGACUACCAGCCUACGACUCAACUACACCUGACGGCCGUAGCUCUGAGACGUUUGACUACCCUUUGCUGCACACGGCCACUGCUGAAGACGAACUGCCUGCAUACCUGCCCGCAUACGAAAGUCACAGGAGACAUCAGACCCCUCCAUUUACGACCCCAUAUCAUGAUUGA